CGCGCACACACCGCUCGGCUAAAGAUGUGAAAAUGGCCGAGCUACAAAUGCUUCUGGAAGAGGAGAUUCCAGCUGGACGGAGCGCACUACUAGACAGUUUCACCAACUUGGAAAGAGUCGCGGAAUACUGCGAGAGCAACUAUGUCCAGUCUCCAGACAAGGAGAGAGCGCUGGAGGAGACCAAAAACUACACCACCCAGUCCCUGGCCAGCGUGGCCUACCUGAUCAACACGCUGGCCAACAACGUCCUGCAGAUGCUCGACAUCCAGGCCUCGCAGCUGCGCCGCAUGGAGUCCUCCAUCAACCACAUCUCGCAGACGGUGGACAUCCACAAAGAGAAGGUGGCCCGGCGGGAGAUCGGCAUCCUCACAACCAACAAGAACACGUCGCGCACGCACAAGAUCAUCGCCCCGGCCAACCCGGAGAGGCCCGUGCGCUACAUCCGCAAGCCCGUGGACUACAGCAUGCUGGACGACAUGGGCCACGGGGUCAAGUGGUUGCUAAGGUUUAAGGCCGGCGUUCAGAACAUGAAGGCCGGAGGAGGCACGCUCCCUCGCACAAACCCCCCCACGCAGAAGCCCCCCAGCCCGCCCAUGUCGGGUAAAGGGACCCUUGGGCGCCAUUCCCCCUAUAGGACGCUUGAGCCGGUGCGUCCACCCGUUGUCCCUAACGACUACGUCACCAGCCCGACGCGCAACACGGCGCCCCCCCUGCAGGGCCCCGCACGCACUGCAUCCGUUAAUCAGAGGAACCGCACGUACAGCAGUGGGAGCAGCGGAGGCAGCCAUCCAAGCAGCAGCCGCAGCAGCAGCCGGGAGAACAGCGGCAGCGGCAGCGUGGGCGUGCCCAUCGCCGUGCCGACCCCCGCCCCGCCCAGCGCCUUCCCAGCCCUCGUCCCGUCCAACACGGCUAAACCUCCCCCCAACACUGCCACCACUCCCGGACCCCCUACCACUGCCCUAGACGGCCCCCCACAGGCCCCAAACCCCCCCGUAGAGAUCCCGCCGGUCCCCCCUCCCCCUCCCCAGCUCCCUGCCUCUGGGGGCCCACCUGCCCCGGGCCCCGCUGCUUUCGGCAACCCGGCACAAGGUGCGGCUCAGUUCUACAGCAUGAACCGGCCCGCUCAGCCGCCUCAGAACUCGCAGGUCGGAGGCUCGCUGCCGUACCGCCGCCCCGCCUCCGUCACCGGGCAGCCCAACGCCGCCCUCAACCCCAGCCAGCUCAACGGGGGGCCGCACUUCGCCCAGAACCCAGUGAUAGCAGGCCCGCUCGCGCCCCCUCCCCCCUCCAUGCAGAUCACCCCCCAGCUGCCUCUGAUGGGCUUUGUGGCCCGAGUUCAGGAGACGAUCUCCGACGCGCCGCCCCCCCCGCCUCCGCCCGCCGACGACCCGGUGUUCGACGAACCCGCGCCGCCUCCCCCGCCAGAGGACUACGAGGACGAGGAGGAUGGCGAGGAGGAUGAGGAGGAGGAGGAGGAGUCGGCGGUCGUGGAGUACAGCGACCCCUACGCCGAGGAGGACCCCCCCUGGGCUCCACGCACCUACAUGGAGAAAGUGGUGGCCAUCUACGACUACGCCCGCGACAAAGAGGACGAGCUGUCGUUCCAGGAGGGCGCCAUCAUCUACGUGAUCAAGAAGAACGACGACGGCUGGUACGAGGGCGUGAUGAACGGCACCACGGGCCUCUUCCCCGGCAACUACGUCGAGUCCAUCAUGCACUACGCCGACUGAACGAGCCUCCCUCUGUGGGCCGUUUGGAUGGGGGGGGGGGG